AUGGAAAUUCAAUACACAGGACUGUCGCAUACUCUGCAAACGGCAGCAAUUGCUGCUCUGAUCUUUGCAGUGUGCACAUUGUUGCCGAAGCUCAACUACAGAUCGCACUUGGCGAAGCUGCCCGUCUUCGGUGGGUCAGCUAGUGGAGAGAAACAGCGUCAGGCGUAUCUCUCCUCCGCGAAGAAGAUGUAUCUUGAUGGAUAUGAGAAGUUCAAAGACUCAGUCUACCGCGUUGCAUCAUCUGACGGAGAAGACAACGUUGUUGUUCCUGUCAGUUUGCUGCCCGAACUACGAAGGCUUCCCGAUGAUGUUCUCAGCUUCCCUAGAGCUGUUGACAAGUCCAUGGAGACCAAGUACACAAAAGUCGAUCCAGACUUUCAGCUUGUGAUACACUCUGUGAGAUCAGAUCUCACUCCUGCUCUUGGUCGCAUGAACCAUAUCAUACGGGAAGAGGUCGACACUUGCGUUCAGAAGUAUUUGCCGGAAUGCAAAGACUGGGCGGAGGUCACCAUCUACAAGACCUUGGUCGAUGUCGUCGCCCAGGUCUCUGGCCGUGUCUUCGUUGGGUCAGAGCUGUGUGAAGAUCCUGAGUACCUUGAUUGUGCAGUCAACUACACCAUGGACUUGAUAGACUCGGUCACUGCUAUCAAGAAGUUGCGACCCUGGCUUCGGGCUUUCAUGGCGCCACGAACGGCUGAAGUCCGCCGCCUGCGCCAGAGAGAGAAGAGGGCUACCGAAUUUCUUUACCCUCUUAUUCAAAAGAGGCAGGAAGCUGCGAAGAACGACCCCAACUGGGAGAAGCCGGAUGACAUGACACAGUGGAUAUUGGACCGCAGCGCUGGUGAUAAUAUUCCUGUUGAGCAAUAUGCCAAAGGGCAGCUCGGUUUGAUCUUUGCCGCCAUUCACACAACCUCACUUACAGCUACGAACAUACUGUACACGUUGGCAUCAACACCCGAAUAUAUCGACGCUCUGCGGGAGGAGAUCCGCAGCGUCGUCGCCGAGCACGAUGGGAACAUCACCGCAAAAGCACUGCAGCAGAUGGAGAAGCUCGACAGCUACAUGAAGGAGGUCAAUCGGGUCUACACACCAGGCAUGACCUCCUUUAGUCGCCGCGUUCUCAAAGGCAUCACCCUCUCCAACGGCCAAUACAUCCCACCUGGCGUCAUGGUCGAAGUGCCCUCGCAAGCCAUCUACAACGACUCGAAAUUCUACCCAGACAGCGACAGGUUCGACGGCUUCCGCCAUUACAAGCUGCGCCGCGGUGGUGGCGCGACGGACCAUGCCCGCAAUCAGUUCGUCACCACCAACGAGCAGAACCUGGCGUUUGGGUACGGGCGACAUGCUUGCCCUGGGCGCUUCUUCGCGGCAAACGAAAUCAAGAUGAUUGUCGCCAAGAUGGUUUUGGAUUACGACAUCAAGAUGCCGGAGGGGCGGACGGAGAGAUAUGCGCAGAUUGAGAUGGGGAGGAAUAGCAUGCCGGAUCCGACAAAGGUUCUGCUGUUCAAGAAGGUGGCGUCGUAG